AUGAACUCGCAAUACCUGCGUGCUCUCCCGAGAGCCUCGACCAGCGCGUCAGCGGCCCUGCGCCCAGGUUUUCGUUCCGAGAUCACACGACUCUAUGCCACACACAGCAACUUAGGCUCUGGGCCUCGACCGAGGAGGAAGAACAUCAGUGUUCUAUCCGACGAUGGACGUUACGAGUGGGGUGAAUUGAGUGGACGAGAGAAGGUGUCGCGCGCGACUCAGCAAUCUGUCAACUUCGUGGUUGUCAUCGCUGGUGCGGUGCUUACUGGCGGUGUUUUCUACCUAUUCUGGACCGAGAUUGCGUCCCCGAACAGUCGGACCUGGCAGUUCGAGAAAGCAGUGGAUCGCAUUAAAGAGGACUCUCGAUGCACAAAUUUGUUGGGUGAUCGGAGGAAGAUCCGGGCAUUUGGCGAGAAAACAACUAGUCGAUGGCAAAGCAACAGACCCAUCGCGUCUACCGAAGAAAAGGACAGACUUGGUCGUGAGCAUCUCCGCAUGACCUUCCAUGUGGAGGGACCUCUUAACUCCGGUGUCGUCAUCGUACACAUGAUGAAGCCUUUGGACAAAACUGAGUGGGAAUACCAGCUUCUUGCUCUGGAUGUGAAGGGCCACUCUCGCAUUAUCCUUGAGAAGGCUUCGGAGAGGCCCAGUGUGGCUAGCUCUUUGAAACUCUUUGGCAUCCAAUGGCGUUGA